AUGUUGGCAAUUGAUCUCAUGAAAAAGAAGUAUGGCAACAAGGCGGAACUCGUGAGGGUACUACAGAAACGCCUAGAACGCGAAAGCAGACAAACCCUCGACCCAAGGGCAAAAGAAGCUGCUGGAAUUUAUUAUUCCCUUGGUUAUGCAGCUACACAAAAUUCGAAUUUGUUUUGGGGUGUUGCUGCCUCGCGUUCGAUGAGAGAGCGCAACGAGCAGAGCCAGAGAAAGGAUUUUGGAAGAAUCAAGGAAAUAGAGGAUGACAUCGAAGAUUUGGAGACAACUCUGUACAACUUGGACGUGGAGAAGACAUGCGAUCCUCGUGAUUUCAAGAAGGGAGUUAUACGCAGGAAAGAAGAUCUGACGGUUCCUUGCGUAUUCUGUGGGAGAGUGGGAGACCACACUCCGACUCAUGUGCCAUAUAUUCGGAUUACUGGGAGAGAAAUCAUAUUGUCAACGCAGAGAAUCGUUGCAGAAUCUGCUCUCAGAACUAACUUUGACGAGCAUACUUGCAGGAGGAUAACAGCAUGCUUCCAUUGCAAAAAACAUGGACAUCAUUCUGCAUUAUGCGACUUACCGGAGAGGAGCAAAGAAAUACGUCGUCGGUACGAGGAAGCCACGAGGAAAAGGAGGGAGGCAAAGAGGAGGAAUAUGCAGAAUGGAAUCCCGCAAAAUAGAGGAGGAAGGAUGGCGUCACCAAGGGCUGAUCUUAGAGCUGAGAGUUUUACAAUGGAUCGCGAUAUAACUCCAACAGGAUCUGAACGAAGAGCCCGCUCGCAAAGCGGACGAGGCCGACCGCGGAUUCAUCCCGUUGGCAGGGAGCGUCAAAAUAGGCGCGCUGCUGAAGAUCCAGUGCAAAGGGCUGCUCGCUUGGAGGCCAACGCCAUGCGUCACAAAGAAGAGCGAGAGAAACCACUGAUGAGCGAGCUGCGCGAGUAG